AUGCCUCCCGUCCGCUCAGCGCGAAACCGCAAGCCACCACCAGAUGGCUUCGACGACAUCGAAGAUACCCUGCUUGAAUUUGCCAAUAAGAUGAAAGACGCCGAAAAUGCUUCACAUGAGGGCAAGAAGCGACACGAGGUCUUAUGGCCUAUAUUUCAGAUCAGUCAUCAGCGCUCGAGAUAUAUCUACGAUCUAUACUAUGACAAAGAAGCUAUAUCCAAGCUGCUCUACGAGUGGCUAAUCAAGAAUGGUUAUGCAGACGGGAUUCUAAUUGCCAAAUGGAAGAAGCAAGGAUAUGAAAAGUUAUGCUGCCUACGAUGCAUACAGACAAAAGAGACGAACUUCAACGCAACCUGCAUUUGUCGAGUACCACAGGCACAGCUAAAAGAGGACCAAACCAUCGAAUGUGCGGAGUUUUCUUGA